CUUCCGGCUUCUAAACCGCUCAGGCAGCGGAAAUCAUUCAACUCAGCGGAACUAAUCUGCGCAACAUUCUACUCAAUUCUAUUUCUUGUAACGACAUUUAACGUAUUUUAUUUAGAAGUAUUUAGGUGGAAACCGUGUGAAAUUCAGUUUGAGUAUCCUGAUUAUGAUGUAAACGGGGCAGUUCAGUGACAGCGGCAGGUGUGUGAGAGUGUGUAUGUUGGUCUGCUGGUAUGCUGACGUUAGCCAGUAAGCUGAAAAGGGAGGAGGGCGUGAGGGCCGGCCGGACCCUUGCACGCUCCAACGAUGCCUCUCAUAGAGUGUCCAUCAGAGAUCGACUGCUCAUCAAAGAGGUUGCAGAACUUGAGGCCAACCUUCCAAAUACUUGUAAAGUUACGUUUCCUGAUGAAAACAAACUCUGUCACUUCCAGUUGGCCAUUUCACCAGAUGAAGGCUAUUACCUUGGUGGAAAGUUUCAGUUUGAGAUUGAAGUUCCUGAAGCCUAUAAUAUGGUGCCUCCCAAAGUCAAGUGCUUGACUAGAAUAUGGCACCCAAACAUUGCAGAAACUGGGGAGAUCUGUCUGAGUUUAUUGCGAGAGCAUUCAAUUGAUGGUACUGGAUGGGCACCCACUCGUACACUAAAGGAUGUAGUAUGGGGACUGAAUUCACUCUUCACUGAUCUUCUUAACUUUGAUGACCCACUGAAUAUAGAUGCAGCGGAACAUCAUUUACGGGACAAGGAGGAUUUCAGGAACAAAGUUCAGGACUUCAUCAAAAACUAUGCAAGAUGAUGUCUCUGUCGAGCCACUCUCACAUGCAUGUGACUUUGCAGAUGCACGUCAGUCCAGACUGAAUCUCAAACUAUUAAAACAUACUUGGGGAAAGACGAAAGUUAAAAUACAUAAUGAAUGACGCCACGAGUCCCUGAUCAAGAUUUGGGAGGGGUGGGCCUUACUGUCCAUUUCCGAUGGUUUUUUUUUUUUUUUUUUUUUU